UCCCCCUCUUCCCCCUCCAUCCUUUCCCGAUAAUCGCGAGGACGGUCGCCCCUUGUGGCUUGGCCAAAAUGAGAAAAAAUAAAUUGUUAGAAAAAAAAACAUUCAAAGAGAAAAUUUAUGGCCAACCAACUGGCUCUUCCCCUUUUAUUUCUUCUUUCAAUGACAACCGGGCGAGCGUGUGCUUACUUCUACAUACAUAUAUACUUCCCUCUUAAUAUUCUAUGUAUUUUUUUUCUUAUGACCGGCAACAACUCCGCACGUCUCCCAAUAUCUUCUAGUAUUUUCAACCAUUUUUUCAAUUCUUUUUUUUUCAUCUUAUUUUAUACAUAG